CCGGUGACGCUAGCGCUUUCAUUUCUUUCGGCUGAGGUGACUAAGAUGGAAGCGUUUUGGGAGUCUCGGGCUGGCCACUGGGCCGGGGGUCCAGCUCCGGGGCAGUUUUACCGCGUCCCAUCCACCCCCAGCGGCCUCAUGGACCCGGCGUCUGCGCCCUGCGAGGGUCCCAUUACUCGGACCCAGAACCCCAUGGUGACUGGGACAUCGGUACUCGGGGUGAAGUUCGACGGCGGAGUGGUGAUUGCUGCAGACAUGCUGGGCUCCUAUGGCUCCCUGGCUCGUUUCCGCAAUAUCUCUCGUAUCAUGCGAGUCAACGACAGCACUAUGCUGGGUGCCUCGGGAGACUACGCUGAUUUCCAGUAUUUGAAACAAGUUCUCGGCCAGAUGGUGAUUGAUGAAGAGCUGUUGGGAGAUGGACACAGCUAUAGCCCUAGAGCUAUUCAUUCAUGGUUGACAAGAGCCAUGUACAGCCGCCGCUCCAAGAUGAACCCCCUGUGGAACACCAUGGUCAUUGGAGGCUAUGCUGAUGGAGAAAGCUUUCUUGGUUAUGUGGACAUGCUUGGUGUAGCUUAUGAAGCCCCUUCAUUAGCCACUGGUUAUGGUGCAUACUUGGCUCAGCCUCUGCUUCGAGAAGUUCUGGAGAAGCAACCAGUGCUAAGUCGGACUGAGGCUCGGGAGCUUGUAGAGCGCUGCAUGAGAGUGCUGUACUACCGAGACGCCCGUUCGUAUAACCGGUUUCAAAUUGCCACUGUAACUGAAAAGGGUGUCGAGAUAGAAGGACCACUGUCGGCACAGACCAACUGGGAUAUUGCUCACAUGAUCAGUGGCUUUGAAUGAAAUCCAGAUGAAUGUCCAGAGUUGAAGCUUUGCUCUUCUAAACAUGACUGUAGCUGGCUCAAAGGCAAACUUCUGUAAAAUAAACCAGUCGUUUGAAGUGU